AUGAAUCGUGAAAGCAGAUAUACUGCUAGUUUUGCUGUUAUGGUUGAAUCAAUCCAGUACAUUUCACAAGAGAUUGCUCAAGAAACUGUUGGAAGAUGUGUUACAAUUGAUCCGGGACGAAGAGAUUUGCUAUUCUGUGUGCAUGAAAACUCAACCUCAAACAAUUCAAACAAGUUUCGAUUUACCAAAAUGUACCAAGACACGUUUGAAAAGAUCAAAAAAUACGGUGGAAUCCGUGAAGCAGUGAAACCCGCUAGAGUAGGAGCCGCUGAUAGGCUUUUGAUGAAUUUGAACAGUAUCUUGAAAACAGGUCCAGUACGACAGGCAUCAUCCAAAGGCACUAAGUCAACUUCCGAACCAACCAUCGUACUGCUCAUCCCUUGCAUAGAGCAUUGCGGCUAUCUGCCUAUGUUAGAACACAAUAAACAUUUUGGUCUCGAAGCAGUUUAUGUUAUGUGUAACUGGUCAUCUUCUAUUACAAGAUUUUAUGAGCGGUCCGAGGCCUUGGAUUCCGUCGGUUGCUUCAAAAAGCUGGAAAAAGCUUGUGAACGUAAAAGUCUUGAAACGUUUCGGAUGGCCGAUAACAUGCGCCCUCAUAGACGAAGAACAAAUCCUCGUGGAAUCAGCCAUGGCCUCUUAAGAUGUACAAAUCAAAAUUGUAGAGCUAUGACUGAUAACACAAAUAUAAUUGUUCCUCGUCUGUGGAAUCUUGAUAAGGAGCCUUGCUUGAACAUAGUUGAUAUUUUUCGAUCACUUCCAACUGAAAAUGGCAUUCCCCCAAGAUUUCGACGUGUAUAG